AUGAUUUUUACAAAAUUAGCAUCAAAAAACUUAUUAGUCACCUGCAGUAGAUGCUUCAGUUCUUCAAUUAAAUUGAACAGAUUAAUCACAAUUAAAAGUAACGACGAGUUUCUCAACAAAGUCAUGAAUUCUGAUAACCCCGUAAUUGUGAACUUCCACGCUGAAUGGUGCGAACCUUGCCAUAUUUUGACCCCAAAAAUGAAGGAAUUGAUUGAACAUGACAACAAUAUCGACUUAGCUAUUGUAGACGUAGAAGACCAUGCUGAACUAGUCCACACUUUUGAAGUCAAAGCUGUGCCUGCCGUCAUAGCCAUAAGAAAUGGACUGGUUGUUGACAAAUUUAUCGGUCUUGUUGACGCAAAUAUGAUUGAAAGUUUAAUUAGUAAGUUAAGUAAAAAAGUAAGUUAGGUAUUUGGACUGCGUUUUGUUUAUUAGUUAUAAAAUCACAAUUCAGAUAACGGUUUGUUUAUGUAUUUAUGAAUAUAUUCUUGUAUAGUUAA